AUGAAGAAUAUUAUGAGGUCACGUCCCUCAUCAAGCUCAUCUUUAGGAGUAAAUGGGAUGAGUGGAUUGGGUGUGGGAGGUGGAAGUAAUUUAGGAGGAAAUGGAGUUGGAAGUACUUACAUGGGUUCAAUAGCAAAAAGGACUGAACUUACAGAACAGCAAAAGAUGGAGAUAAAAGAAGCUUUUGAACUUUUUGAUGGUGAUUCAAUAGGAUAUAUUGACGUUAAGGAAGUUAGGGUGGCGAUGAGAGCCUUAGGAUUUGAUCCUAAGAAGGAGGAACUAAGGAAAAUAUUGUCUAAUGUUGAAAUGAAUAACGGAAUGGUUAGCUAUAGUGAGUUUUAUGAUUUGGUUGAAACUAAAAUUCUACAGAGAGACCCAAAAGAAGAAAUCAUUAAAGCUUUUAAGCUUUUUGAUGAUGAUGGAACCGGGAAAAUUACUUUUAAAAACUUGAAAAGAGUUGCAAAAGAAUUAGGAGAAAAUAUCACUGAUGAGGAAAUUCAAGAAAUGAUUGAAGAAGCUGAUAGAGAUGGAGAUGGGGAAAUUAACCAAGAAGAGUUUAUACGUAUCAUGAGGAAGACUAAUUUAUUUUAG